UCGGCUUUCUCAUGCCGCUUACGUCAGUGGCACGCUGCUCCCGUGACGAGCCGGAGGAAGCGAUCGGGUGGACACUAAAAUAAGCUUACUCGAAAGGAAAAACUUUACGGCGAUAUAAAACUGAAUAGGAAAUACUAGAGGAAUAUUUGAGAAACGGCAAUAAAUUAUCGUUUAUGCGACACGAUAUUGCCUCAGAUAGAGGCAAUCCUUUGCAUAUUGAGAAGACCAUCAAAGACAGACGUUCCCAUUCGACACGAUGGCUGUGGAAAGUAAUAACGGAGCAAGUAGAACUUUCUUUUUAUUUCGAUACUUGAUGGCCGUGAUGGGAUCGAUCGGUCUUGCCAUUCUUUAUGGUUUUAAAGUCAAUGUUAGCGUAGCCAUCGUCGCUAUGGUGAACCAUACGGCCGUUAAAUUAGAUGUCAAAUUAUCCACAUUGAAGAAUUCAGAAAGCAACAAUAGUAUGCCAAUAGGCAUGGAAAUUUGCCAAUUCGAUGACAUUUCAAACGCCACGACAAUUAAAACCGAGGAUGGUCCAUUCGUAUGGGACGAGCUUAUUCAAGGUCUCAUUUUAUCUUCUUAUUUCUGGGGCUACACGGUGUCCAUGUUGCCAGGUGGAAGACUGGCGGAACUCUGGUCGGCUAAAUGGUUGAUGAAUGGAUCGAUCCUGUUGAAUCUCGUUGCCUCCAUACUGACGCCCAUCGCCGCGCGUAUUCACUACUGGCUCUUCAUAGUCAUGAGAUUUCUUCAGGGAAUUGGCGGCGGCGUAUCGUUCCCCGCUAUGCACGUGAUGAUUGCCAAGUGGGCGCCGUUGAAUGAAAGAAAUGUCAUCGCCUCGAUCGUCUACGCAGGCACAGCUCUCGGCACUGUAGUUUCUAUCUUAUUAACCGGUUUGUUGGCAACAAACUUCGGUUGGGAGUCUAUCUUCUAUGUUGAAGGCGCGCUUUGUCUGAUUUGGUGCGUUUUUUGGUGGCUGAUAAUAGCGGAUUCCCCGGAAAAACAGACGAGAUUCAUUACUCAAGAAGAAAAGAACUAUAUCGUCACGUCUUUAGGAAGACACAAGAAGAAUAUUCCCAAAGUGAUUCCAUGGGUACAAGUAUUUCGUUCUAAACCAUUUAUAGCAAUUUUAAUUGCUCAUUUUUGCAGCAAUUUCGGUUGGUACAUGUUAUUGAUCGAACUGCCUACUUUUAUGAAUCAGAUCUUGAAGUUCGAUAUGAACUCGAAUGCAGGCUUGACCUCCAUCCCAUUUUUGUGUAUGUGGCUCUUCACUAUGAUUCUCAGUAAAAUAUUAGCCACUCUGCAGGAGAAAGGCCUGAUUACAGUAACAAUAUCUAGAAAAAUUGGCACUCUCUUUGCGUCUCUUAUACCCAUGAUAUGCUUAAUACAAGUGUCAUACAUCGGGUGCGAUCGAACAAAGGCAGUCGUGUUGAUGACGAUCGCAGUAACUUGUAUUGGAGGAAUGUAUUCUGGCUUUUUGGCAAACCAUAUAGAUAUUGCACCGAAUUUUGCCGGUAGCUUGGUGGCGAUAACGAAUUUUGUCGCCACUAUACCCGGCUUUGUUGUACCGAUAUUUGUAGGAAAAUUAACUCACGGAAACCAAACUAUAGAGGCAUGGAGAAUUGUAUUCCUCGUAACAAUUAUUCUAUACGUGAUUGAGAUAUUGAUUUACACUAUCUUUGGAAGUGGCAACGAACAACCUUGGAACCAGAUUGAAGCAUCUGACGAGGAAGCGAACGAUCAGACGCUACCUUUAAGGAGAAAUAACAUAAGAUAGAGUACAUUAAUAUAGCUUAGUUAUUCGAUUAAUUAUUCGUGUUUCAACAUAAAGGAUUUUUUAUGUAUUUUAUAUUUUGUGCAUUUUUGCGCAACAGAAUGUUUAUUGAUAUUUAUUUUACUUUAUUUAUUUUACUAUUAUUAAUUGCAUGAGGUUAUAUAGAAAGU